AUGUUUGGUCAGCCUAGGUUGUUUGGUGCGAACUCGCAGCCGUUUGGAUCUACUAAUAAUACUGGAUCAACAGGCGCAUUUGGAAAUGUACAAAACAACAAUGUUCAAUCUGGUUUUAGUGGUUUUGGUAGCAACAACAACGCAAGCAAUGCACCACAAAGCGGUGCUUUUGGAGCAAAUACCAGUAGUUUGAACUCUCCUUUUGGAUCAAACAACAAUGCCAUGGGAACUCCAUCCAAUUCCACAACAAGUGGAGGUGGUCUUUUCGGUAUGCAGAACCCUAAUACAUCUGGAAUGGCUGGUGGCAACUCUUUAUUUGGUAUGAACAAUAAUGGGAAUACAGGAACUACAAUGAUGGGUGGCUUGCCCGUCGGUGGUAUGAAUGCUGGUGCUGGUACUGGUACUGCAAUUAAACCAUUUCAGGUUGUGGAAGAGAAGGACAUGACAACCAAUGCUAUUAAUAUGUAUCAAAGUAUCACCUUUAUGAAUGAGUACCGCAACUAUUCUUUUGAAGAAUUGAGAAUGCAAGAUUAUAAAGCUGGUAGAAAAUUUGCUAACAGUUCCGCUACUUCAACUGGUUUUGGCACGGGCCAAAAUCAGCAGUUUGGUGCAUUUGGUAAUACUAAUUCAGCACAGCCUGGUGCACAAUCUAGUCCAUUCGGCCAAAAGCCAGCAUCCGGAGGUUUAUUUGGAGGUAAUGGUGUGGGAUCCACCUCAACAGGUCUUUUUGGAUCCAAUCAGACCUCUACAAAUACUUUUGGUGCUAACAACGGAAGCACAUUUGGAAACAAUGCUGCAAGUAGUGGCGGUCUUUUCGGUAGCACAAAUAAUACCAAUACCAACACUGGGAUGUUUGGUUCAGCAUCUAAUGCAAAUUCGGGAGGUUUAUUCAACCAACAGAAUCAAACACAACAACAACAAUCAUCUCCCUUCGGGGCUUCCAGUGGUUUUGGUAAACCUCCUGCAUCUUCUGGAGGGCUGUUCGGGCAAACUGGCGCUAACCCAUUUAGUAGCAAUAAUGCUAAUACUGCUUUUGGACAAACUGCGCAACAACAAACGCCAAAUCAGGGAGGUCUUUUUGGUCAAAGCAAUCAAUCACAAGGCACCGGGCUUUUUGGUCAGUCAGGGCAACAACAACCUCAGGGCGGUCUUUUUGGUCAAGCUGCUAAUGGUAAUUCCUUAUUUGGUAGUAAACCUCAACCAUCGACUGGUUUUGGGCAACAGACAACUAGUGCCGGCGGAUUCGGGUCUUCGGGAGGUUUAUUUGGAGGGCAAAAUACACAACAACAAGGCGGAUUAUUUAACCAAACUUCUCAAACCCAAACUGGUGGUCUUUUUGGACAAAAUCAGCCACCAAAUCAAGCGGGUGGGUUAUUCUCACAAACUCAAAAUACAAAUGCUAAUUCACCCUUUGGAAUGAAAUCAGCUACUCCUGCUGGAGGGCUAUUUGGAAAUAACCAAGGCCAACAAGGAGGUGGUAUUUUCAAUCAGAAUCAAAAUCAACAACAAGGAAACACUACAGGCUUGUUUGGUGGUGGCCAAAGUCAGCAAACUCAAUCUAAUACGGCGGGCAGCUUAUUCGGCCAAAAACCCACUGGUUUUGGUUCUACUGCACAACCCAAUACCUCUUCGUUUGGUAAUACUCAGUCUUCUGGAGGUCUAUUCGGUAACAAAAGUACUGGAGGUGGACUUUUUGGAUCGACUAAUACUCAAAAUACUACCCCUAGCUUUGGAUCUGGUGGAACUCAGUCUUUGUUGGGUGCAAAGCCUGCUGGUGGUUUGGGUGGUUUGGGUGCACAGCAACCUGCAGCAACUCAAACAUCUGGUUUGUUCAACAAACCCGCUACCUCAACAUCAUUUGGUGGAACAUCAAGUCUGUUUGGUAAUAAAGCAGGACCUCAACAGGGUAGCACAGGUGGGUUGUUUGGUAGUAACUCAACCUCAAACAUUGGUGCGGGUUUGGCUACUAGUCAACAGUUUUCAAAUAAUAGCGCUAAUCAGCAAAUAGGAAACCCCAGCCAAAAUAACGAUCAAGAAAAGUUACAACAACAGCAAUUACUGGUCACUAAUCCUUAUGGAACGAAUGAACUGUUUAGCAAGGUUCAACAAGCAGCACCGGGCUCAAUGCAGGUUAGUGUGCAGAUUCAGGUUAGUGCAACUAAGAUUGAUGCAGAUAAUAAAAAGAAAAGUGAUUUAAUUAGUGCCUAUAAGCAUACACCAAAACCUUUAUUUGCAGCAGCUUUGUCUGGAAAAGGCCUCGUAGCUGAGAAAACUAAUGAAAUAAAAAAUGAUCUAGAUAAAGAAACCUCAACAAGAAUAAUGAAUAACGAGAUUGACGCUAAUUUCCAACAAAUUGGUUCAAAACUUUUCGAACCUGACUCUCUUAUGUUCAAGCAGUUGUUAAAAUCGAAAGGUAAUCACAGGAAUAAAGAUUUGAAGAGCAAGGAGAAGCUUUUUAUCGCAAAUGUUGCUGAUAGUAAUUUGAACGAAGCCGAUAAAGACAAGGCCAAAAAUGAAAUAGCUAAACUUAACGCUUCUCAGGUCGUUGCCACAACCUUGGCUUCUUCUGUGAGGGAGACUGAGAAACAGGAAAAAAUUGAAACUGAUAUAUGUAACGAGAAUGCAAUUUCUGAAUCUAAGCUUGAUGGCAUUGAUGAUCUAGAAUUUGUUGAUGAAAAUUAUUAUAUUUCUCCUUCUCUUGAUACAUUAGCUACACUAUCCAAAUAUGAAAUUCAGAAGGUUGAGAAUUUGGUUGUUGGCAAUAAACAAUAUGGUAAGAUUGAGUUCUUAGAUCCUGUUGAUCUGUCGGAUAUUCCUUUGGGUUCGAUAUGUGACGAUCUAGUAGUUUUUCAGCCGAUGUCCGUCUUGUUAUACAAUAAUAGCACCAACGUUCCUGAAAAGGGUAAAGGUCUAAAUGUAAGGGCACGUAUAAGUUGUUACAAUUGUUAUCCUUUAGACAAAUCUACCAGAAAGCCAAUCAAGGAUCCUAACCAUAGAAUUAUGGAAAGGUACUCAGAGAAGCUGAAGAAAAUUCCUCAUACUCAUUUUGAAUCAUAUGAUCCGGCUUCUGGAACAUACUGCUUCACUGUUGAUCAUGCAUUAAUAUAG